AUGGAACGACCACUGAGCACCGAAAAACACUCUAGCGGGGCUAGCCCAGAAAUUGCACCUGUCCAAGAGCACCCAUCCACCUCCUAUGAAGGACAGCCUCCAACUACCUAUGAAGACACCGAGAAGACCAGAUGGGAACGUCUUUGGCCAGUCAUCGCUUGCGGUGCUGGUCUCUUCAGUGACGGAUACCUGAACGGUGUGAUCGGAUUUGUCUCUACCAUGCUCGGAAAGAUCUAUCCUGAUGCUUAUGCUUCUUCGCCCGCCCAACGCAACGUUUCGUCCAUCACCUUUGCUGGAACUGUGGUUGGUAUGUUGAUCUUUGGCUAUACUUCUGAUCAUUACUCUCGCAAGUGGAGUUUGUUUGCCAGUACUGUUAUUUUGAUCCUCUUUGCUGCACUCAGCGCAGGCAGCUAUGGAGCUGGUGGCAGUAGCUCUGGUUUGUUCGCUGCCUUGACCGCUUGGCGUUUCUUGCUAGGCAUCGGUAUCGGUGGUGAAUAUCCUGCAGGCAGUGUAGGUUGUGCUGAAAGUACUGGAGAACUCAAGAGUGGAACCAGAAACAGAUGGCAAGUUAAAGUAAGGACCAUUAAUUAUGGAUGUGCUAACUUAAUCUUAGGNUUCAUCCUGUUCACUAACGUGCAGAUUGAUAUUGGUUUCGUGGUCUCUGCGCUGGUGCCCAUGAUUGUGCUUCAUGUUCUANNGGUCCUCUGUACAGGAGAGAACCACCUUCGCGCUGCCUGGCGCAUCUGCCUUGGUCUUGGUGUAAUCCCUCCUCUCUCCCUUCUCUACCUCCGUCUCAAGCUCAACGAGCCCGAGGCCUACCGUCGUGAGACAAUGGCUAAAGCAAAGACUCCCUGGCUCUUGGUGUUCAAGUUUUACUGGUGGCGGUUGACCAUUGUUUCGUUGAUCUGGUUCAUCUACGAUUUCUCGGGCUACUCUUUCUCGCUGUUCAGUUCGACCAUUGUGGAUAACCUUCUAGGCACCAACUCUCCGCUUUGGAAGUCUUUCGGCUGGACUACUCUGAUCUAUCUCUUCUAUCUCCCGGGUUGUAUCGGUGGUUCCUUUGUCAGUGACUGGCUGGGUCCCAAGCUGACUCUCGGCAUUGGUGUGCUCGCCCAAGGAAUCGUCGGAUUCAUCAUGGCUGGCGUGUACAGUUAUCUCGCCCGUCCGUCCAACGUCGCUGGCUUUGUAAUCGUCUACGGCGUCUUCNNCCUUGCACUUGGAGAGUUUGGUCCAGGCGACAACAUUGGUCUGAUAGCUUCCAAAUCCUGUGCCACCGCGGUCAGAGGCCAAUACUACGGCAUUGCAGCCGCCAUUGGCAAGAUCGGCGCCUUUGUAGGCGACCAAGUGUUGGCUAUCUUGUACAACCGCUAUGUGGAUACUGAUCCAAUCAAGGCUGGCCAGUAUCCCUUCUUUGUGUCCAGCGCAUUGUGUAUCUUGAGCGCUUUCAUUGCGUUCUUCUUGUUGCCUCACAUUGGUCAGGAUACUAUCGAUGAGGAGGACAGGAAGUUCAGAGCUUAUCUGGCGGAGCAUGGAUAUGAUGUUAGCCAGAUGGGUGUGCAGCAGGGUGCUGAGCAUAUUGUCGGACAGACUGAAGUUGAGGGAAGUGAGGAAACUUCUGAGAGAGCGGUCAAGGCUUGA